AUGAAAAUACGAACAUUCAAGAGCAAGAGCAAGCCGCUGCGCAGAAGCAUAGGGGUCAUUGCAGCUCCUGAACUAUUUGUUCUCCCAAAGAUAGAGCAGCAGCAGAAGAUCAGAGAGGAAAAAGUGGAAAGAGAGACAGAAAACAGCUCAGCUCGUAAAUACGGUGCUCCCGAAAAAAAACAAAAGACAGAAACAAUGAUGUAUAUGGUUUCUGAAGACGGAAGCAUUUUGGAGCAGUACACAGUGGACAAGGAGGAAAGCACGGAUGAUUACCCGCUGGACAUAAAGAAGAUGAAAAGUGAAAUGGCCCUCCAGUGGAUUGGCAUAAAUAACAGCACAUACAAAGAAAACAAAAGUAUUCUGGAGAGCAACGAAAAGCUGGAAACGUUCUAUGAAGACGCGCAGGAAAAAAAAUGGUCAUCGUUCUCGUGUCUGCCAGUUAGCAAGCUAGAAAAGCUGGGAGAGUCAACAUUCAGUGAAAUCUUUAUGGACAGAGAAACAAAGCACGUCUACAAGAUAGUGCCGCUUACCACAGAGAAAGAGUACAAAAGAGUACAGCACACAAAGCUAGACCAUUUCAUCAAGGAGUGCUUGAUUAUGAAGCUAAUGAACGCAUCCAAGUAUUCAGCUGAGCUGUACACAUGGCACCUUAUCAAUAAGCCGUAUCCAGAGACACUGCUGCAAGAGAGCAGGAGAUGGUGGAGCAAAAACCUGGAAAUAGCGGAGAAUGUUAUUCCGCAAAAAAACAAUUCAUCCGGUCUUUUUGGAGUGAUUGUGAUGGAGUACGGGGGAUGCGAGCUUGAAAAGCUGCAGUGGGCUCAGAUGUCGCGUAAUGACGUAGCAUCCAUUGGAUAUGAGAUUAAAAAGUGCACCCUGGACAUGAAAAGACUGCGCGUUGAGCACAGAGAUCUUCAUGAGAGCAACAUUUUGGUGAAAAAGAACUCAAACGGCCAGUACAAAAUAAAAGUAAUAGAUUAUUCGCUAGCACACGCAGUGCAGGCUGAUGAAGGCAGUGGUGCAUCCGUUGAGAUAGUGCAGAACAGCAAAAACAGCGUGGGGUACAGGACAGGUGCCACUCUGUACACAGACAUAGACAAAGAAGUUUCGUGGCUUUUUGAAGGAGACGACGGGCAGCCGCACAGGGAAGUGUACAGAAAAAUGGACAAGCACUACAGAGGAAGCGACAGAUGGAGAAAGAGCGGCCCAAGCAACAGCUUUUGGAUGGAAUAUCUUAUGAAGUGGAUGGAAAAUCAGAUAAGAACAAAUAUAUAG